UGGUGAUAGAGACUCACAAUUUAGCUAACUGGCUAGCUAGCGGUUACCUAGAUACCUAGACUUCCAAAACAUCAGAUGGUCACAAACUGGUGCGAACUUUGCAAUCUGAAUGGCGGCCUCGUCUUCGUCCUCGUCUGCCGGGGGCGUCAGUGGGAGCUCUGUUACUGGAUCUGGGUUCAGCGCAUCAGAACUCAUUCCCCCUAGGAAAGUCCUCUACACAUACCCCAAAGGAGCUGGAGAGAUGAUGGAAGAUGGCUCAGACAGAUUUCUUUGUGAAUCAGUGUUCAGUUACCAAGUGGCAUCCACUCUAAAACAAGUGAAGCAUGAUCAGCAGGUAUCUCGUAUGGAGAAGCUGGCCAGCCUGGUGGAGGAAUUGGAGGCAGACGAGUGGAAAUAUAAACCUAUUGAACAGCUAUUGGGUUUUACAACAUCAUAACUAAACGUGUGGUCUUUUGUGUUAAUUUGCUUUUUCUUUUUAUUAACCAAAUUCUGCAUCUUUGUCACGGCACAUAUUUUAUACAUAUUUUAUCUCAUUUUAAAUCAACAUAGGUAUUGUAUCAUUGCUGUGUAUAGGCUAUUGUGUUAAAUCAUAGAAAUAACUGUUUU